UUGCCGUUGAUCGCGCGCAUUUCUGCUUAGAACCGCUUCCUUCUCGGCAUCGUUGGGCAGGAAAUUAGCUUUGCUCGCUUUGAAAAUCAAUAUUCUGAAGUCAAAAUGAGGGAAAUCGUUCAUAUUCAGGCCGGCCAGUGCGGAAACCAAAUUGGUGCUAAGUUCUGGGAAAUCAUCUCAGACGAGCAUGGUAUUGACCCCACCGGCGCCUACCACGGCGACAGUGAGCUUCAGUUGGAGCGCAUCAACGUGUACUACAACGAGGCGUCCGGCGGCAAGUAUGUUCCUCGCGCCAUCCUUGUCGACUUGGAGCCUGGCACCAUGGACUCGGUUAGGUCAGGUCCCUUUGGACAGAUCUUCCGGCCAGACAACUUCGUGUUUGGACAGAGCGGUGCCGGCAACAACUGGGCCAAGGGCCACUACACAGAGGGCGCCGAGUUGGUCGACUCGGUUUUGGAUGUUGUGAGGAAAGAGGCCGAGGGCUGCGACUGCCUGCAAGGAUUCCAAUUGACGCACUCGCUUGGUGGCGGCACUGGCUCUGGAAUGGGCACUCUGCUCAUCUCUAAAAUCAGAGAGGAAUACCCUGACAGAAUCAUGAACACAUACUCAGUUGUCCCUAGCCCCAAGGUGUCUGACACCGUCGUCGAGCCGUACAACGCCACCCUCUCCGUUCACCAGCUGGUUGAAAACACUGACGAGACUUACUGCAUUGACAAUGAAGCUCUGUAUGACAUUUGCUUCAGAACGCUCAAGCUCUCCACUCCUACUUAUGGCGACUUGAACCAUCUUGUGUCCCUGACUAUGUCUGGUGUGACUACUUGCCUCCGCUUCCCUGGCCAGCUGAAUGCUGAUUUGCGCAAACUUGCUGUCAACAUGGUUCCAUUCCCCCGUCUGCAUUUCUUCAUGCCUGGCUUUGCUCCCCUGACCUCAAGAGGCAGCCAGCAGUACCGCGCCCUCACGGUCCCUGAGCUGACUCAACAGAUGUUUGAUGCUAAGAACAUGAUGGCUGCUUGCGAUCCACGUCACGGACGCUACCUCACUGUUGCCGCCAUCUUCCGUGGCCGCAUGUCAAUGAAGGAGGUUGAUGAGCAGAUGCUCAACAUUCAAAAUAAGAACAGCAGCUACUUCGUUGAAUGGAUUCCUAACAACGUCAAGACCGCCGUCUGUGACAUUCCUCCCAGAGGCCUCAAGAUGUCAGCCACUUUCAUUGGCAACUCCACCGCUAUCCAGGAGCUGUUCAAGCGCAUCUCCGAGCAGUUCACCGCUAUGUUCCGCCGCAAGGCUUUCUUGCAUUGGUACACUGGCGAGGGCAUGGACGAGAUGGAAUUCACCGAGGCUGAGAGCAACAUGAACGAUCUCGUCUCUGAAUACCAGCAGUACCAAGAGGCCACCGCUGAUGAGGAUGCCGAGUUUGACGAGGAGCCUGAGGCUGAAGAAAACUAAUCACAUUUUACUACUUAAUUAAUUUCUUGCUACUUCUCUCCCACUUGAGCAGUUGUAUUUAAAAACAAGCAAUGGACCAUCGUAUUUUGUUUUUCCAGUCAUUUUAAGUUGAUUGAAUCUCUUUGCAGUAUUAUUAGUUUUGUUGCAUUUAGAAAUCAAAGUUGGGCUCCGGCCUCUCUGUGUAGCUAGAAAUCAAUCUGAUUCAAAACAUUCCUGAUUUAAAGCCAACUGAUUCAAGCAGCUACUGCAGUUUCAGCUCAAGCCUCUUUUGCAAAUAUGAUUGAACAAUAUUUAUUUUGAAAUGCAAAUAAAUUCACAUCAAAUAAA